AUUAAUAGUCACUUUCCAUUAAGCGUGCUUCAUUUGAACUUUGAACUAAGAUUAUCUAUAAAUAGGUUGGUUUAGUAGUACUCUUACUUAAUGAAUAAACUACUUCCUUUUCACAUUAACCUUUCAACUUUAAAUGGACUAAGAUUUUAUGCAUAUAUUUUGUUGUUUAUUGUUAUUCUCACUAACUAUAACCAUCUCGAUUAGACAAAAUUGUAAACCACUAUUAUAGCUUAAUGAUGAAACACUUAAUUUUUAAACACUGGAUUAUAGUUUUGAAUUCUGUCCUGCCUAAUUUGCUUCAAAUAACCAUUUCAUAAAUGCUAUGGCCUAAAACUCGACACAUGAUUUUACAUUACAAUAAUCUAAUGGUGAUGCUUAAAUUCGUCAGAGAAUCUAUUUACUUCGUUUAUAUUCCAAGGUUUAAGCAUGAGAUUAUCGUCAUUACAUUACGGUACAAGAUAAUUAGACCGCUGCUAGACCACCUUACACCUAGAUAUAUGAUUCACGACCAACUAUGAGGAACCAGAUAACAGGCCAGACAGUAGUUCAUUUAAAUACUGGUAUUCCAAACACGAAAUAGAAGCUCAAGUAAAAUCAGAUUAGAUAUUAAUAAUGGAAAAUAAUUUAUAUUAUUAAAUAACACUACAACGUAUAUCAAGAUGUCUUUUCUCUUCGUCCACUCAAUAUAUUACUUUCACUGACCAUUAAUCAUCAGCUCAAAGAGAAAUUUAAACUCUUUAAUUGCUUUGUCAUUUUACGUUUCACCUUGCUAGAAUCCUAUACACCGACGGUUUUCGUGAAUUCGGUUCGUCUGUUGGAUAGUGGUGCUGACUAGUGUUGAGGACGGCUGGAAGAAAUUUAGGGGCGGCCAAACCAAAACGUGGCGUCAGUGCUUGGAGUCACUAACUUGUAAUCUGAGCCAUGUUGGUAGGUGCGGACCACUUGGUUGGGGUCCGUGUGACUAUCGUAAUCAAUGGUUGGAAACUUUGUGUGACAUGGCUCAGAAUUGAUCACAAUGGCGUCGGUGUAUACACUCUCUGUCUUCUCUUAAACUAAGAGAUUAAAAUUGCUUUAUAUCUUUGUUUCCACGAACUAAUUCUUUCUUCCUGUACUAUAUCCUUAUAUGAAAUAUUUCUUUCAUAUAUUACUACCAUUGAAGUAACAACUUCUAUGAAUUCGGUGUUGUGCUAAUGAGUUAUGGCAGCUUGGAGCGAUGUAUAUAUGUGCCUGGUCCUACGUUGUAGCUGACUGACUGACUGUUGGAUAGUUAAUUAACUGUCAGGAAACACAAAAAACCACCUGAACAUCCAGUGUUUUUAUCCACGCUAGUGGUCGAUGGUAGCUCUGGUUUUGCAUUAUCCUUGUAGUUUUUACGAUCUUCAGUAAUCACUUGGAUUGAUCUAUUUUCUGUAAUCCUUACAAACAGUUCUCAAAAUUUCAUAAAUUCUUCAAGUUUUUGAAAAAAUUAGUCAAAGGGCAUAAUAAGUCAGUUUGCGUAUUCAUUGGACGACCGAUUUGAUUUUGUUUAACAAUCCAGUGUUGUUUGACCGAUGAGGAUAUAAUCCAUAAAUUUUGUUCAGGUGACAAAGUACGUACUACGCGACUACUGUUUAGACCAGAAACUAACUAUAAAAAAAUUACCUUCGAAGUUGUUAGUCUAUUGCAAAUAUCUAGUUUUUUCUUCAGUACAAUAAAUUACACUUAAUAUGAUAAACACUCAUGGUUUUCCUUAAUAAGACAGUAUAAUUACUUUUCUACGCAUCCUUUGCUUUUCGACCACUUCUUCGUUUUUCAUCUUAUCAGUGAAAUAUACUACAGUAUAUAUGUCAUAUACAACUUUAUUCGUAUGCUAGAUUUUUAGUAGUUAAAAGAACUACCUAACAGCUUAAAUUAUAGUACGUGAAUCCGCGGUGAAUCUACCAUCUAAUUGUUAACAACUGUCUGCAUAGAUUGCCGAAUUCUAUAGUUCCAUGCAUAAUUAGAGGAAUUACUACUCGUUUAUUAAGUUUAUGAAACAAAUGAUUUUAACCUGGUCUCAGACUUGAAGGUUUCACUUUUAGUCACUAGUUUACUAAGUACUAAAGUUCGCUUUGUUUUCAACCUAUAGAAGUGUAUAAUCUUAAUAGACUUAUAGUAAAUAAUACGUCUGCUUUACAUUGUUGAUCUCGAUAUUAAUUAUAAUCAAACUGUACAUCUAUUGGAUUAAAAUAUUUUAAACCAGUAACAGUGUCAGGGAUGUUAAUCAAGUUUUAUAAACGAAACACAUCCUAGUGAUACGUGUGUGUUUCGCGGUAUGUUUGUAUACAGCGUAUAAAUGUUUAAUUUCAAUUAGAGAGAUUAAUUUAUGGUCGAAUCUCUAUACCAUGUAAGUCACACGUUAAUUACUUCAAUAACCAAUCGGCUAACUUAAAUAUUGGUGAAUUGUUCAUGGACUUGGUCCUGGAUUCACUGACACAAUUGAUGCAUAUGAAUAUUAUUAAAAUGAAUGAUUUCGUAGAACAACAUUCAAUAUGACUAUAUUAGAUCCAACUAUGUUUCAUAUGUAUAUGUAUAUGUUCGUCGUUACAAAUUGCACGUAUUAAAACGAUUGAACAAUUAAGAAACAAGUUAAAUGAAUUAGAUCAAAAUAUGACCCAGCAAGGUCAUGAACUGGCUACUAGACGUAAUAAGAUCGACGAUUCACAAGAUCGCGUCACACGGACAAUGCUUGAUUUAGUUGAUCUACGACAUUCUGUUGAACAAAAAAUGCAAGCAUAUAAAUUGAAAAGAAAAUCUACCGAUUUAUCCAUAUCCACUUCAACUACCAUUGGAAGUACACAAAAAGAGUUAUAUGAAGCAAUGUUUGACUUCACUGCUAGACAUCCGGAUGAAUUAUCAUUUACAACUGGGACGUUAAUUGAUGUUUUCGUAAAUGCUCCGACUAAUGUUGGCCCAGGUUGGUUAUACGGUCAAAUUAAUGAUAAAGUUGGCUUAUUUCCUGAAACGUAUGUACGAAAAAAAGUCGAUGGGAAAAUUGAUCCAUUUGAUCCUUUUGGUGUUCAUAAAAUAACGAAUACUUCUGUAUCAUCGGUAAUGGCAACAACAAUAUCUACUACAAUUAAUACACCUAAUACAAUUAGUGUAAUAAAUACUAUUAACAGUUUGACUGAACCGGCAGUUGAUAAUCUAGUGGGAAUUGAAACAACACCAACAACAAAACUCAAUGAUACUACAUUUUCCAACAAUGAUUUUUAUGGUGAAGUACAACAAAAUUGGAAUGUAUCAAUGUCUACAAUAACUUUACCUGAAAAUAUACCAACAGAUCAAUUUUUAACAUUGACGGUUGACGAUCGUGUGAAAAUUAUCGAAGAAAAUGACAAUAAUAAAGAAUGGUAUUUUGGUGAAAUUACUGAUAAAUCUGAUAUUGUGCAAAAAGGAUGGUUUCCAGCUUGUUGUUUAAAACCAUUCACUAAGUCCAAUACGUCUAAUAUAAAAAAUGGACUAAAUAUCUCUUCAUCAUCAAAUAGCUUAUCAAAACAACCAGACAUUCUAUUUUCAUGUAUUGCAUUAUACCCGUAUGAGUCGAACGUAUCUGGCGAUUUGAAUCUUUCUGUUGGUGAUUUGAUUAGAGUUUGUGUUAUAAAGGAUGAUUGGUGGGAAGGUAUUUGUGAACGAACUAAACUCAAAGGUUUAUUCCCAGCUAAUUAUGUUCGUAAACUAAGCAGUGAGGAAACACGGUUGAUGGAAGAAAAGUUAGAUAUAAGCGGAUCGACUAUUAAUCAAAUGGAACAUAAUAACACAAUUAAUCCUCCAUCUCUAUCAAAGAUAAUUCCUAUAUCAUCGCCGAAAUUGAUGGAAGCGAAUUCUAAUAAUUGUAUGGCUAAUUUACUUUCUUCAUCAAAUACAUCUUCGACUUCAUCAUCUGGUGUUAUUGUAUGCACUCAACCGGAGUUCGCUCGAGUAAUUGCACCAUACAAAGCUACUUCAGCUGGUCAACUAACUCUUCAACCUGGUCAAGUUGUGCAACUUCGUAAAAGAUCACCUCAAGGCUGGUGGGAAGGAGAGUUACAGGUGCUCUCUGGAUCAAAUUUAAACUUGAUUGAUAACGAAGAUUAAUUGCUUAUUGAUUAAUUGGCUGUUAUCAAAUUUAUCAUGAAUUGUUAUCUGCAAUCUAUUAGCUGCUUCUCUUGAUAAAUUCUAUGUCUUUUUUCAUCCUUGUCAUUUCCCUGUUUUGAUUUCAGUUAUUUCAAUUAUUUAGUCUAGUAACUAUUUCCUUACCGGUAUUUAUGAACUGAAACAAGUUGAAGAUAUGAGAAAAUUGAGCAUGUCGAGAUAAAUUUGUCUUAUAUGAUUUCGUUUUAUUGCGUAUGUGUGCGUGUUACUUUCUCAACACUUGGUCUGAACCAUUUUUUCUUAGAUUGCAUUUUUAUGCUAAUCUUUCGGUUUUUCUUAAAAUCACAUUCUUAUUUUGCAUCAUUCACAGAAAGCAUAGAAACUGCUUGUACGGUGGUAACAUGUUUUUUGAUUAAAAUUAAUUGAAUUGUUUAAUCUUCGUUAGCUACACAUAUAUGUCCGAAUUAGUCUACAUUUUUAUCGUUGUUCCAUCAUCAUCAUUGUAUAAUCACUAUAUGUGACUUAUUGAUUUAGGUAUUCUACUAUUGUUCAUAAGUGCUCACAUGUUAUUACUUGCUUUGAUCAUUUCAUUUUGUUUUACGUGACUCAUCACAGUACACAAACGUGUACGUUAUUCCUGCGUUGGAUUCGUUGAUUGAUUACUUUUGGAUUUUCUUCCAUGUCAAACACCGUUUACUGUUAAAAGCGCUAAUAAAUAUUCCGUUCAUGGCGUUGUAGUUUAAUAGUUCAAACAUCAGUCUUUCAACUGAUUAGUUUGAAGUUUGAACUUCAUUCAGUAAAUCUGAGCUAUGCUGUCGAGCCGAUGUUGAACGUUCGAAUAUAUUCCAAGUCGAUCAUUUUAUUGUUUAACUGGCAUUGAAAAGAUGUGAAUUUAAUAGUCGUUCACAUCAAGAUAAAUUUAAGUAAGGCGAACGCGAUCAUGUACUUAAAAAUGUUUGAAUGUUAGGGAAUACGCUCAUAUAUCAAUGUCGGAACGAGAUGGAGCUAAAUGUAUGCCUAGAAACGUUAGAUACAUUAGUUGUUAACGUUAAGAUGUUAGGGUUAGAGAGCCACAGAUAAAUUUACGAAGUGAGUUAUAUAAAAUUAAUAUAUACUCCUGAAAUCUUUUCAUUCUUAACAAGAUAUCAUUCAUGUAUUUUUGCUGUUGUUUCACCGGCAAAAGCUAUUUAACCUCUGAAGCUCGGCCCGGAGGUAUAACUGAAUUUCAUUCUUCAUUGCAUUUACUUUGAUAGCUGUAAACGUCUCGCAUCUAACUGUCUUCUGGCUAUUGACCUUCAAUUUCUUUUGCCAGCUUCUGCAGAUCAUACUCGUAAAACAUACAGUUCCUCCUCUCAGUGUGUGGUGGUUUAAAAAAAAAUCUCACUAGCCUCACAUGAGUAUGUUUUAAAUUGACUGGUUAAAGAAAUGGUUAUACAAACUAAUACCUACUACGUAUGUUCACAGUAUACCCCUUUCUGAUACAAUUGUUCCCUGUUACAAAUAAUGAUACAUUUCUUUUUUCUACAGUUGUAAAUCUGUUAUCUUUAUUUCACUUUUUUCUAAUCACUACUUUAGUUUAUCGCUCUUAUUCUAACCAGUCCCCUUCCUAAAUAUAUAUUAAGAAUGAUUUUAAGAACGAAGUAUCUUGCUUGCCAAAUCUUCAACAGUUCUCCAUAAUGAUGUAUUAAGAUCGGUUAUACAGUAACUUUUGAUGUUACGGUUUUGAUUAAAUCCAAUACAAUAACCACAUACAAGUUAGUUUACUUUUAAUAUACAUAGUUUAAAGUAGAUCUGUCUUUAUGAAUUUCCAUCUCAUCAUAAAAUAUUAUACUUUAAACUGUUUGUAAAUUAAAAAUCAUUCAUUUAGAAACUAGUCGUAAGUUCUAUAAAAGUCCAAAUGGCAGUUUGUCUAGGAAUUAGCUGAUCAUUUAUGAUAAUUAUUUAAAUGUAUAACGUUUCAACUUAUUUCCAAACAUCAUGUUUAAAUCUUUUCAAUUUUUCAUUGAUACAUAUUUGAAAUAAAAACUUUCUUUAAAUGUCUUAAAGGUAAAUGUUAUUUAUAAUAUGCGGUUUCCGAGAGAAAAAACAGCAAUUUACCAGUACUUAAACUUUUAUAAAACAAAUCAUAAUCUUACAUUCAUCAGUUUCAUAAAGAUUUAUGCAUAAAUAAUUCAUCUCAUCUGAAUCUUUUCAACAAAAAAUGUUUCCAGAUUGUUAAAUAAGCACACAUUUUUUGUACAUUCCAUAUUCUAUUUUAUCUUUACAGUUACAACAAUUUAACUGGGUUGUACCAAAUAUUGGGUAUAUCCUUUGAAAUCUAGUUAUUCUCAUGAAAAUAAAUGAAACAUUACAAAAUUAAUAAAUAACCGUUUCUAUUAGAUGAUUUAGAUAUGUGUAGGGUAAUCUUGUGUUUGGAGUAUUAAAUAAACAUCACUUACUGUUCUAAAUCAUUACAUGUGUCAAAUAGACAGUCUUUUCCCCUUUUAUAUCUUAAGUAAUUAUCAUAGGAUUUCAUCUAACAACUUAAAGUGAUGUGUAUUAAUAUUUGGCUUUUGAUUGGACUGAAACAUUUAUUCAAUUGGUCAACUUUCCUCUUUCUACUGCUACUCUUUACCUAUGAAUAGUGAUUUUAUACCAUAAAGCUGGACUUUUUUUUAUCAUCUUAGCUUAAUUUAAGCAAAUAAUUUGCAUUCGUUUCAAAAUGUCAUUGAUAUUUUUAAUGUACUUAUGAGUUCACUUUAUAUGCAUAUACAGUAAUCAUUUUAUGUAUUAUUUUCUAAUUGAUAAAUUGCCUAUUUCUUUUUUAACUAUGGUUACGUGUAUAUAUAAUUUCAGUGCUAGCUUUCUUAUACGGAGAGUCCUAUGUUCGUUUCUAUUACAAUCUGUCAUUUUGUUUAUCUCUACUUUUUAUAUAGCAAAGAGGUCAUAUUCGUCAAAUUGGUUGGUUUCCGGCAGAUUUCGUUCGACUUAUUACACCACUGACAGUGAAUGGAUCGUCUAAUUCAUCUGAUCAAAAACCUUUAUCCAAACUAAUAAGUACCACUAAUAAUCAAAUUGAAAAUACUCCAACUAGUUUAAAGGCAUUAGCAUCAAAAGCGAUUACUACAUCAAAUUCUGUUAAUGAUAAUUCUGUACAAAGUCAGCAAGCACAAUCAAAUCGUGUGGAAAUGAUGCAAACUAUUUUUAGUUAUAAAGCUGUUCAUGCAGAUGAGUUAACAUUUGAAGAAGGUGCUAUUAUUACAGUACUCGGUCGAGAUGAACCGGAAUGGUGGCGUGGUCGACUUCAAAAUUCCGGAGCAGAAGGACUUUUCCCUGUUAAUUAUGUACGUCCAUACAAUCCUCCCUCACAGACUGAAAAAUCUUCAAAUUCCGUGAAUCAACGUCCUGUUGUUCCUGCACAAAGUGAGCUAAUAUUUUUUAUGAGAUGUGUUUCAGAUGGAUAUUCUUCACAAUACAAUUGCUUUACAUUUCGCUUGUUCUUUUUUUCGUGGUCCUGUUAAGCAACUAUGCUGCUUAAACUUAGUGUGAAAAUUAUCAUUCUAGCAUACGUUUAUAUUCCUAACUACUGAUAUCCUUAAUAUAAGCACUGUAGUCUUUAUUCUUUCGUAACACCUGUUAUUCAACAUUUAGGUCACAAUUUAGAAUUCUCUCCAUCUGACAUAUUCGAUCAACUUAUCAGCUAUCAUAUAUGCUGAUUGCAGCCAAUGGAUUUCAUUUUUAUUGAUCGACAUUUAAUAAUCUGUGAUUUCCAAUGACGUAAAUGUUAAUUUAGCAAAUCUUACGUAUUCUUAUGUUAUUGUUUCGCGUCUUAAUGUGGAAGACUUUACUUCGAACAUUUAUUAUUUAUAUGUCUAAUGUUUUCCGUUUUCGCUGUUGUAAAUUUAAGUUUCUUUAACUAUUUUCCAGCUGAUUUAAAUAAUUUUUUUCUCGUCGAUGUCUAGUUACACAUACUAAUCAUUGACGACCGCUAUCCUUUCAAAUUAUUUAGUAUAAAUCGAUAGAAUUAUCAAAUAGGUAACCAAAAAAGCAUUGUUGUUACUUGUUGCUAAGAUGUAAAUUUUCCAAGGGGUUGAUUUUAAAGUUAAAAUUAACCAUUCUUUGUUAGUGUUAAAACUCACUCCGAUGAAUGCUUACGUAUCUUGAGGAAAUUUCACUAUAACAUUCUUCACAUGAAUAGUAUUCUUUCACGAUAAUAUAUCUGUAUCAGAGACUACUCACCUAGUUAAAAUACUUCAUUUUGAAAUCCUUUUUGGUGAAUUUUCAGAUCCAAAUAUACUGAUACAUUUGUUUUAUGUUUAAUAUCUAUAGACAACUGUCUAAAACCACCCACCUAAACUUCGCUUUGUUAUCAAGACACUAAUGAUUCCCAACGAACUAAAAUCUGUUUUCAUUAAACUUGUAGUUAUUCACAUUUCUGCAGCAUCAACUGACACUUCAUCAUUUACAGUAAUCAAUCACGUUUUUCUUUGUGAAUUUGUACAUGUGCAAUAUGCUGAAAUCCAUAUAAUCAUACUCAAACCAUGUAUUAUAAUUAUUAGGUAUAAGAGACGAAGUAGGUCAAUCAAUAUUGAAAACCAAUUAUCAUCACAAAUUUGAAACAGUCAUAAAGGGUGAUGUAAUUGAAGCACCCCUAAUCAAUUAUCACUAUCAAGUCUACCGAAAAAAAAUUGCUAACUUACCAAAUAUUGCCCCUAUUCACUAAAUACACUAAAAAAUGCGUAAUCCUGACUCAUUACUAAUUUUAUUCUAGUUUAAAGAUCACAAACUGCUUCAGUAAACUUUUAAUUUAUAAAUAAUAGUGAUUUAAUCAUGCACCAUUCAUCACCGUACGAUAAAUAGAUAAAGUCAUUUUAUCACUCCAUGACUGCAGAUAUGUUUGUUCUAGAGAGUAUUGGCUGUAAGAUCUUGAGUUUUGACUGAUCUUUGUUAUAUUCAUCUUUUUUCUGAAAAAAAAACGGUUUCAAGCUUCUAUGUGUUUCUCAAUAUGGAUUAAAUCAUAAAUAGGCUCUAGUUUAUUGGCUAAUUUUAUUUGUUUAAGGCUAACAAUAUAAUUUGUAUGUGACCAUAUUAUUGAUUGCAUAUUCGUUUCGUCAAUUUACCUCCAUCUUUAUGUGAAAUUUAAUUGUUUCUCAUCUAUAUUCUUGUUUUUGUAAUACAUUGUAUGUGUUUUUCAAAUCGAUACAUUUGAUUGUUUGAGGUGAACUUAAUUCAAUGAUUCAGUUUUUCUUAUUAUUUGACUGUAUCAUACUGACAGUGUAUAUCGCUUGUCCUUUCAUCAAUUAAAUGUUUAUGUUACACAGAUAGAUUUAAUGGAAAACAAAACCGAUUUUUGGUAGGCAUUAUAAUACAGUAGCGUCAUGUCCGAACUAUAAGUAUUGAAUCUUAACCUCCCACUCGGUCCCUCUUAGUCAACGUUGCUGCUAGCUUAACAUGGUGGUUAGGUUUACCUAUCGUGAAGGACCGAUUGGGCUAUAUUUCCUCAGACAACCAGCAUAACAGCGAUACUGCCUCCCCACAAAGAAGGGUGGGGUUAGAAAAAGUUGACCCUAAAAAUACACACCUCACCUUAUCCCGCGGAUUUCCGUCUCCGGCGGUAAGGUCCAAACAAGUACGGAGCUAGAACGAAAAUUCACAAAAAGGUCGUGUGUGACCAACCUCAAGCAGUUGUCCCUUGGGCACUGCGGUCACUGAUACGUCUUGUCGAUGAAUUGCUAUAUACGAUUCCUAAGCUAUUUCGGUAACCCGCAGUCUAGAACUACACAGCGAAUCGAACUCCAGAGAGAAGACACAAGUAUGAAAGAAAAUAUUUAUCCCAAGGUUCAUUCUUGUACAGAAAAUCAAGGGUAUUUAUAGAUGUUGGCGUCUGUUAAAUCAACAUCAUAUUUUCAGCCUAUUCGUUAACGUCAUAUUAUGCUACCGACCAAUAAUAGCACGCCACGCUUGAAUUCUCGAACGUUCCAUCGUACUCUGAUUGGCUAGGAUCCUUCGGCUCCUUUUGGGCCUCUGGAGGCUCCGUUGAAGUUCUCCGGAAGCCGACUCAACACCUUCCCCCGAAUAAGAUUUCUUUCUGGGAUCUACUUGUAGUUUGACGACUGGGUAGCGACGGCGUCCCAUUAUUCUUGUCGUUUUCCUUGUCCAAGGCAUCUUUUCAGUGUUCCUGGGCAUUUGUGGUAUUGGUGCAUCUAAGAUUAAAUCCAACGGGAAGUCCGGCCGGUUACUUCGAGUCUGCACCGUCCUUUUGUCCUUAAGGAUUUGAUUUACGUGUCGUAUACAUGUCCCAAAAGCUCCUCGAACUCUGUACAGAACUCUUCCCAGUUUUUGCACAACUUCUCCCGGUUCCCAUCGGUUCUUCCCGAUGUGGGAUUUAAUGUAAACUUUGUCGCCAAGAUUGAAGUUCCGGAUACUUGGAUCGUGACUGCGCUCAUCCACUAAUUUGGAUGGCAACAUGGCAUCGAAGACGGUUCGAAUACGCCUUCCGAACAUGGCUUCCGCGGGAGACUUGCCGUCUAGAACAUUCGGGUUCGGGGUGGAUCUGUAGGAUGUCAAAAAUUUUGUGAUCACCUGCCCUGUCGUCCCUUCGCCUCCCCCUUUCAAUAGGGCUCUUUUCAAUGUAUCCACGAAGCGCUCUGCCUGGCCAUUUAAUUGAGGGUGAUACGGUGGAGAUCGUAUGCGUGCAGUCCCAUUAACGUUGCAGAAGUGCUUGAAUGAUUCUGCAGUGAAUUGUGAGUCGUUAUCGGUCACUAAAGUCUGCGGGACUCCAAAGCAGCUAAACAGGUCGGAUAACUUGCUGAUUGUUUUACUGGCUGUGCAGUUCAUCAUGGCGUAGAUUUGUGGCCAUUUUGUGAGCGCGUCUACCAUGACUAGAUACAUUCUUCUUCGUAUUGGACCGGCGAAGUCUGCAUACAGCCUCUCCCAAGGACUAUUCGGCUUUUCCCAUUGUUGCGGUUCACACUUGUUUGGACUUUUGGCUGCUUGUAGGCACGAUGAACAAUUGCGGCAUCUUGUUUCAAUAUCUUGAUCCAUCGUAGGCCAGUAUGUGUAGCUUCGAGCCAAUGCUUUCAUGUUAUUGAUACCAGGAUGACCGCUGUGGAAUUGUCUCAGAACCUUGUACCGUAAUACUUUUGGAACAAUAAUUCUGUUACCAAACAUAAUACAUGAGUCGACCAUCAUAAGUGAGUCCCGUCGGCGAAAAUAUUGUAGCAUUUCUCCUUGAAAACGACGGUUCGGCCACUUGGUGAGAAGAUAACCACUAACCUCUCUUAAAGUCUUCUCAUUUUCCGUGGCUUCUUUGAUGGCCUUGAAAGUAACUGGUAAACCAUCAGCUGCGUCUUCCAAAACUCGAUGUACCUCUGUUUCCGUCUCGAUUGCUGCCACCAAAGUGUCUUCUUUCUGUUUUACUUGUGAACUAAUCAGUCUAGAUAAAGCGUCAGCUUGUCCAAAGUCAGUAGUGGGCUGGUACUUGAUCUUGAAGUCAUAACCCAAAAGUGUAGUUCCCCAACGUUGCAGUCUGUUUGCAGUGUAUACAGGUAUACCUUUCUUCGACCCAAAGAUGGCUAGUAAUGGUUUAUGGUCAGUUAAUAGGGUGAACUGACGUCCAAAUAUCAUCUUGUGAAAUUUCUUGACAGCGAAGAUAAUCGACAAUGCUUCCUUCUCGAUCUGACUAUAGUUACGUUCUGCUGACGUUAACGAUCUAGCCGCAUGUGAUAUCGCUUUCUCGGAUCCAUCUGGCAUGAUGUGAGAAAUAACUGCUCCAAUGCCGUAGUUUGAAGCGUCUGAUGCCACUACAAUGGGUAAAGAUGGAUCGUAAUGGGUGAGCAGCAGAUCCGAGACUAGCACUUUCUUGAUUUCAUCGAAAGCGGCUUGGCAAGUUGCAGACCAACUCCAUUUUACAUUCUUUACCAGAAGGUUAUUCAGGGGGGCACGUAAUUGAUGAAGGUUCGGAAUAAAAGCUCCAUAAUGGCUAACUAGUCCCAAGAAGGAUCGUAGUGUGGGGACAUCCGUCGGUCUGUGCAUAGUUUUCACUGCCUGGGUAUUCUCCGGAUCUGGUCUUCUUCCAUCUUUGUCGAUUAUAAACCCAAGAUAGCGUACUUUUUGCAUACAGAAGUCACAUUUCUCUGGACGAAGUCGAAUUCCAUAUUCGGCUAUUCGCGUCAGCACCUGGUCAAGCUUCUUUUCUAAGUCUACUCUAUCUACUCCCAUAAUUAUUAUAUCAUCUAGGUAAGCUGCAGCACCUGAAACAUUUUGUAACAUAGCAUCCAUUAUUUGCUAAAAUAUGGAUGGGGCCGUCUUGACUCCGAAGGGUAAUCGAUUAUACCGGAAUAGACCCUUGUGCGUGUUUAUGGUAAGCAGGUUUUUAGACACGUUAGCAACAGGGAUUUGUAAAUAAGCUUCUGAUAAAUCCAACUUUGCAAAAAGCUUACCUCCGUUCAGUUUAGCAAAAAGAUCUUCAGGUAAGGGUAAUGGAUACUGAUGAGUUUCUAAGGCUUCAUUCAACCCGGUUGAGUAAUCGGCACAUAAACGAACGCUACCAUUGGUCUUCUUUACUAAUACUAUCGGUGCGGCCCAUUCUGAGAAAUUCACUGGUUCAAUGACACCUAGUUUCUGAAGUCGUUCUAGUUCUUGUUCAACCACUGGUAGAGCAGCAUAUGGUACGGGUCUCCUAGGUCGAAAAACGGGAGUAGCUGCAGGUUUUAGGGUUAACACUGCUUUGGCCUUGGUACAUUCCCCCAAUCCUUCUUAAAACACGUUUUGGUGUCUUUGUAGCAUGGCAUUUUUCUGGCUCCAUUCUGAGGUGUUGUCAGUACUGACUCGUCUGCAGAUACUGUUAAUAGAAUAGUCUGCUAGUUUAAGUGUUUCUAUAAGAUCCAACCCCAUCAAGUCGAGUGCUGGCUUCUUUGUAAGAUAUACUGUUGCAUUUGUUGUUACAGUACCUUUAGAAACAGUGCAUGGCACUUCUCCAAUAAUAUUUAACUUCCCCCCCCCCAGAUGCACUGCGUGCUAUAGCGUUCAUGUUCCAUAGUCCCAAGUUUUCUAAGAAGUAUUCUGACUUUUGAAGCAUCAUCCAGUUUGCAAAGAUCUAUAUAAAACAAAUCUUCAUACUUCUUAAACCAUGACUCAAAGGUUACACCUGCUACACCAUCAAAAUUAAAUUCAUGGAUGGCGUUAAUGACUGAAUCAGUAUGUGAUACUUGAGAUUCACUAGAAGCAGGGUUUCUCUCGGACAGGCAGAAUUUCUGCAUCAGGGUUUCCAUGAUUCUAAUUUGGGACUCUUCAAACCUCUUUUCUUGACGCACCAUAUAGGCUUCUAAUUGCUCCAAGUAAAUAUUCAUUGUAGUUUCCAUCCCAUCCCUGUCGCCACUGAUACGUGUUGUCGAUGAAUUGCUAUAUACGAUUCCUAAGCUAUUUCGGUAACCCGCAGUCUAGAACUACACAGCGAAUCGAACUCCAGAGAGAAGACACAAGUAUGAAAGAAAAUAUUUAUCCCAAGGUUCAUUCUUGUACAGAAAAUCAAGGGUAUUUAUAGAUGUUGGCGUCUGUUAAAUCAACAUCAUAUUUUCAGCCUAUUCGUUAACGUCAUAUUAUGCUACCGACCAAUAAUAGCACGCCACGCUUGAAUUCUCGAACGUUCCAUCGUACUCUGAUUGGCUAGGAUCCUUCGGCUCCUUUUGGGCCUCUGGAGGCUCCGUUGAAGUUCUCCGGAAGCCGACUCAACAGUCACACUCUCAGGUCACUAAGAUCACCUUUAAUUCAGUUUCUUUUUCAGAUACCUCCGGAAGAGCCCUUCCACGGCGUGAGCAACGUGAAGAGAUAAACCCUCUCAUAUCCGAACAGCACUUUAGAUCACUAUAUUCAUAAUCCAUCUCCCUCUUCAAUUCUUAUUAUUUCUCCUACAUCGACUGUCAACACUAAACUUCCUCUUUAGACAUCCUCCUCAAGUGCUACCAUAGCCAACGAUUCUAGUGCGCAAAACACUACCGGGUCUACUGAAACCUCACUCCAAACUAUACAUUGGAGACUUUAACGUACACACCCUGUGUCAAAUGGGCCAACAGGCCUCCUUGGUUAAAACCCUAGAAUCUUGUACCAUUGAUGUAUGCUGUGUCUCGGAAACAUACAGGAUUCUAGUGUGAUCAUCCACAUGACCUAACUUCGCCAAAACUGAGAACCGAUGAGAUGCACCCUCCGUGUACCUGGCGACCCGAUGUCUAGUUCUCGUGUACUGGUAGGUGUUGGCAUGGCACUAAGUACGAGGGCAACACAAGCACUAUUAGAGUGGAUCCCCUUCAGCAGUCACCUAUGUACUGUUCGACCAAACGGCUCUAUAAGAAUUCGGAAGGAUAGGGACACAUCGUUGCCUUUCUGUCGUUUCUGUCUACGCUCCCAUUGUCUGCAGCUCGGAUGAAGUGAAAGAUGACUUUUAAAGAAAGCUAUCUGAACUUCUUCACAAAGCUAAACACUCACACAUAGUACUCAUAGCAGGUUACUUUAAUGCCCACGUAGGUAGCUUAAAUCAAGCACAAAGACAUUUGGGUGGGUAUUUUGGUAUUCCGGCUCAGCGAACAUAUAAUUGUAGCCGUCUGCUGCAACAAUCGUUUUUUAGCAAACAAUAAUUUUAAGCGUAAGGAGAGAAAUCGUCUAACAUGCCGCCCGCCUGCACCAAUCCAACGAUACACUCAGAUAGACCGUUUUGUCAUCAGUCAUCGUUGGAGAGAGUCGAUAGAUUGUCGCUCAUUGUGUAAUACCUGCUUGGACUGCGAUCAUGCUCUAAUACAGGCACGCAUUCGCUUGCACCUCACUGGGCCUCGAAAAGCCACACUAAGAAUUGAAUUGAGUGACGAGAAAGCCAAAAGUAGAUUCCGGGAACAACUGAGGUCACACUUAAGUAGUUCUGAAAACGAGGCUGACUCAGAUGUUGCUUGGAAAGAUAUACAAACAGCAGUGACAUGUAUUAGUGAUUUAAACCAAAAAGUUACAAAAAACCAGUGGAUUUCUUCUAAGUCUACUGCACUGAUGGAUUCUCGUAAACUCAUCCCAUCAGACUCUGAAAACGAUGAUGAACGAAAGCAAAUCAGAUCUAGGUUAAGCAAAAGUCUAAGGAGCGACCGUGAGCAGUGGUGGGCAUCGAAAGCAAAAGAGAUGGAAAAGGAGGCGGCUGUAGGUAACACCAGACAGCUCUUCAGACUCAUAAAAGAAACUGGAACUAAAAAGUCAAGUGUAAGUGAGACUAUCUCGGAAAAAGACGACGCUCUUAUCUGCUCCCAGCCCAGACGUUUAGAAGGAUGGGCAGAACACUUUAAGGAACAGUUCAGCUAGCCUUCAGCUACUCUACAACUACCCUUCAUUCCCAGGCAGUGUGAAUGGAACAUUAAAGUAGGUCCCCCAACUCUAGCAGAAAUUCAUAAGGCUACAGUUAAUCGGAAACGAGGAAGGGCAGCUGGUCCAGAUGGAUUGGCUCCAGAGGUCUUUAAGGAUGAUGGUUUAAUUUUAGCGAUUAGGUUGACUAAUAUUUUAGCUAAAAUCUGGGAGUUGGACGUUAUCCCAUCUGACUGGUCGCAACCGCUUAUUGUCCUGAUAUGUAGGAAGGAAUAAAAAUCGUCUUGUGUCAACCAUGGAGGGAUUAGUUCAACUAAUAUAGUAUCUAAAAUACUAGCCUCGAUAAUUAUUAGACGCUUAACUAAGACUCGUGAACUGCAAACACGAGAAACUCUAGCUGGCUUCAGACCUGGUCGUGGCUGCAUUGACCACAUAUUUACCAUUCGUCAGGUUCUAGAACACGGGGAUGCUUAUCGGCGUCCGACAAUGGUGGUCUUUCUUGACUUAAAAGCAACAUUUAACUCUGUAGAUCGCUAGAUUCUGUGGCAGUGUCUGUCAUUGAAAGGUGUACCUCAGAAGUACAUAAACCUUGUGAAGGCUCCUUAGUCGAACACUACUAGUCGAGUCAGAGCUUAUAGUGAACUGUCAUCUGCUUUUGCAACCUCUAGUGGUGUCCGUUAAGGCUAUCCACUAUCUCCAUUUUCGCUCAAUUUCAUCAUAGACCUACUGAUGGAAACAACGCUCUCGUCGACUAAAUUUUCUGGCAUUGGUCUCCUAACAGGAGGCCUACUUAUCGACUUAGAAUACGCAGGUCACAUAGUCCUGUUUGGUGAAAACGCCGAUAAGAUGCAGAGUCUUUUGGUAGCAUUGUGCAACAAUGCCAGGAUGUUCGGAAUGCGUUUCUCUCCCUCUUAAUGCAAGUUGUUGCUUCAGAACUGGCCUGCGUCAACACCUGAACUAAGGAUAGGGAGUGAAACAGUCGAGCGCUUCGACAAAUUCACUUAUUUCGGAGUCUGAUCAGCCCUAAUGGGUUGGUGUCUGACGGAAUCUUAGCACGGAUUCGAAAAGUUCGUUUGGCUUUUGACAACUUACGUGACCUAUGGCGAAGGUGAGUUAUCUGUCUAUCAAUUAAGGGGCGAGUAUACUGUGCAGCAUUUCGAUCUGUUCUACUUUACGGCUGCAAAACGUGACCAUUAAGAGUGGAAGAUACUUGUAAGUUACUAGUGUUUGAUCACAGAUGUCUUAGAAAUAUUGCUCGCAUCUGCUGAGAUCACCGGGUAGGUAAUAGUGAAGUUAGGCGUAUGGUAUUAGGGGAUGGUCGUAAAUCAGUUGAUGAGGUUGUAAAUGUUCAUCGACUCAGAUGGUUAGGCCACGUGGUACGUAUGCACAACCACCGGUUACCACGACGCACAAUGCUGACUAGUGUUAGAGACGGUUGAAGAAAGUUAGGGGCAUCAGUUCAUAAAAUCACUAGUCUGAGCUAUGUUGGCAGAUACAUACUUUUCGUUUGGGGUCCGCGCGACUAUCGUGGUUGGAGACUGUGUGAUAUGGCUCAGAAUCGAUCACAAUGAAGUACGUGUAUACACUCUUUGUCUUCCCUUAAACGGUGAGACUAAAAUUACUUUAUAGCAUUCUUCCUAAUUCUUUUUUUCCUGUUCUAUAUCCUCGAAUGUAAGCCUAAAUUUAACGGCUGGGAAUAAACCCCACGUUGUUAAGUCAUCUAAGUGUAUCAUAGUCAGUAAUAAGGACUAUGUUUCCGUUUGUUUAGUCACUCAAUUGUACAUAUUUUGGGAUAAUUUACUGGAAGUACGUCUUUCUGUGUGUUGUAAUUUUUUUCCAUCUUGACUUAAUGCGUUUUACUUGAAGGGUCAUUAGGAUGAUGAAGUAAUAUCUCCGUCGCAGAACACUACUUGUAGGAAGCAAUUUCCCUCAGAUUCAACUCUAAGCUAAUCUCUAGACUGUCGAGUACAAAGUCUUGGUUUAGCCAAAGUCAGAACAAGCAAGCUAUUUGGCUAGAUAAACUUUAUCUGUUUCUAAAACAUAAAUUAACAUCGUUAGUGUACAAACAAACAGUACGGUCUAUUAAUACAGGGAAAAACAGAGACAAAUAACAUACCGAACAGUAGCCAGAGAAUAGGAAAAAUGAGUCAACAAGACAAUAUUGUUUUACAAUGAACAUUAAACUGUGAUUGGUUAAUAAAGUGAUACAGUCGUACAAGGUCAAAAGGAGUUGAUGUGGUGGUGGGCGUUUCCCUUGUUAUUGGUGGGUUCGUAUAUCAAUCACAUUUUACACUACUUUUUUCAUGUUAGCCAGCAAAAUUGAAAAUAAAACUGUAUUCUGACUCAAUUAUACUCCAAGUGCGUUAUUUAAAUGAAUUCAACCGUUAUUCUAGUGAAUCUGACAAUAUUACAGUGUCUCAUCUUUAGAUAUUCAAGUUUUGAAUGCUUUUUGGAGAUGUGUUCUUUAGACUAGGCGGUUUGAUCUCAAAACUUUUAUUGUCUUUUGAGACAUCAUCGCCAGCACAUGUCUUUGAAAGAAACGUAGCGAACACAACAUCUCCGAAAUCCCCAUUCUUUGAUAUGAAUAUUCUCCAUUUUAAAUUACAUUUUUAUCUUAUGAAUCAGUUACAUCCAUCUAUUGGUCGUGUAUCGUUGAGUUUAUUUAAAGUCGGGUGGUUGGCUUAUUCUACUGAUUCCGUCAAACCAGCUCUUCUCAUUUGAACUCUGUAGUGUAUUUGACGUAUUAUUUAAUAGAUUUUUUUUGCGUGUAUAAUGUUUUAUUAUGUCAGUAUCAGUUACUGCAAGUACAAUCAGUACAACAGUAUUAUUAUACACAUAAAUCACUUUAUUAGUAGAUAACGCGUGAUGAAAGACGCACAUCAAUCGGAACAUAAGAAAUUCAGUGAUUUCAUUCAUUUUUGUUGAUUAUCACAAAUUUAUCACUCAGUCCUGCCCUUUCCCACAGUAUCUAACAUUUUCUCAAUGAGUUUUAUUUCAGUUCUCUCAAUGUUUUUUUUGUUUUGUUUUUUAUUGAUUCUGUAUUAUCUAUAUCUUGCUAAAUUCGAAUUCAAUCCUGUGAUCUCCGUAAUUUCUCACUAUCUGUCUAUGUAUUUGUGUAAAUCCGCCUUACAUCAAUCAACAUUGACUCCUGGUUAAUACUUCUAUAUGAAUCACACGUCAAUAUGCGCUGAUAUUGUAAUGGUAAUUCAUAUAUAUAUAUAUUUUUCUGUUAUUUAAUGCAAUGAUUGUAAUUUUGUUUUUUUUCCUCCGAAAUAACAAACUAUAAAUCCUUCUAAUUGAACAUACAACUUAUCUGCUUGUACCCUUAUACUUUCUGUUUGCUUUGCUCAUGUUUUCUUUUUUUAUCAACUUGUUUCGGUGUCAAUGUUUGUUAACCUAAUUAUAUGUAUAUGUUUGUGCACGCUAACCACUCUAUGAUAUAUACUUGCAUUAUGCGUUACUAACCAUCUAAUCUAUAUUUUGUUAAGUAAUUAAUACAGAUCAUUGAUAACUGGAUGUAUUCAUUGAUAUAUAUAUAUAUAUAUAUAUAUAUAUAUAUAGUUAUUGGUACUUAUUGUCACUUAUUAUUGUUCUUAUUGUCGUCGUUAUUUUGGUCAGUUGCACACUUCCAUUAUUGUGGUCACCGUUGUAACAACCCGUUUCAUCAAUAACAUUGCUUUUUGCACUACUACUACUACUACUUAGAUAUGCGCUGUUCAUUCUUCUUGGUCUGUUGUUUUUAUUAUUCUUAAUGUAUUUUGAAAGUAUCAAAAAUAAUGAAAUUACCAAAGAAUAUUUUUAUUUUUCAUUCUCUCUUAUUUCAGCUGUUUUGUUCGAUUUAUAAAUAGGAUGAUUUCGUUCAUAAAAUGCACAGCCACAUAGAUUAGUUGUUCAGUUAUUGUUUGCAAAACAAUUAAAGUUUCAUGGUGUAUACACAAUGUGUAACUUAUCUAUGCUUAUAUAUGAAAUAGUUGUAUAUAUGAGAUGUAUGCAUAUAUAUAUAUAUAUAUAUAUAUAUAUAUAUAUAUAUAUUCUAAAGAUUUAUGUUUGUUUUGAUGAAUUCUGCAUGAUUGUUUAUUAAAAAAUGUUGUAAUUUUAUCAUGUCGAUCUUUUAAAGUUGUUAGAUCUCAUCUUUGUUGUUAUUUUUUUCUCGUACAACAGUACAAAAUAUACUACUUCUAAUCAAUGCAUUGUAUACUACGGUUAAUGACAUUAUUAUUAUUAUCAUUAUUAUUAAUAUUACUGUUAUGCUAAUCCAAAUGACAUAUUUCUUUAUUUCAGCUUCAAUGUGUAAAAAUUUUUAUAUUUAAAGUAGUAUGAGAAAAAAAUAAUAAUAGUAAUUAUUAUUCAAAAUGAAUACUCUUCUUUACUAUCCUCUGUUUAGCAGCAAGGAACUAUAAAGUGUAAGAUUGCUUGUUCAUGACACUGACAACUCUGACACUUCUACUAUAUCCGUGAAUUGUGAAUUAAGUACCUACAUCUUUGAUCACAGACCCCCAUCACCGGAUACAAUAAACCACUUUUAGAAAAGAACAUUUAGUGAACAUAUUAUAUGUGAGGAUUUAAAUGAUAUCAUUGAUAUAUAAUAUAAACAUCAUACUCGGUGAAUAUUUUAGUGGCUAUCCGGAUUCAAUGACUCAAUGGAUACUCCCUUGGUGUUCAAAGUAAAAGACAUUGGAUUCCAGUCUCUAUGUGAAAAUCAAUAUAAGAAUGGAAAUCCAUCCUGCUGAUAAGUCCCAGUUACGACUAAACUUUCGUUCUGGAUUCUAGUGCUGACCAUAGUUCAUCUAUUCUAUAAAACGUUUGCUGAACUUUUAAUUCAUAAUAAGUUAUAAAUUGUUGCGACAAAGCUAGCUCUUCACGUUGUCUGUUUUAACGGUUAUUGGGUUUCAUUGGAUUUUGUGCCAUUUUACAGUAAAACGUAUUAAUAUUUUAUUGUCGUUUAUCUUUAUUCCCCCUCUCAUUGUAUUAAUCCUUAAAUUUACCUAUUUAAUUCCUCAUACACUUUAAUGUAUAGAGAAAAUGUAAUCCAUAUCUCAGCCAAUAAACAUUAUGCUAGACACAGGAAUAACUGUCAAAGUUCUCAUAUUUUAUUUGAAGUUUGCAUUUUUAAAUUUGAAUCGGUCUGCACUAAGAAGGAUUUAACACACAAGACAUUGAUCACCACCCAGUGAUCAAUCAAUUGUAAAAAAUUAAUGUAUUUGUGUAAUUAACUAGUGAUAAAAUAAUGACACAUCUGUAAUAUCCCAAUAAAUGGAAGGUAGAUCGCUACUUCAGAAAAUAAAUAACCAAAUUAGUCGGUUAGUCAGUCGCAACAUAGGAGCAGGCACUGAAUUAAAUUACUACACUAUUUAAACUUGUGUUAGUUUAAUUCACUCAUUAAUUUUCUCACUGAAAGAGCAAUCUUAGCCAUGUUCUGUUAUCUAUAUCAUUAGGCUAUGACAAAUAUAUAAUUAUUUAGCAUUUAUCUAAUACCAAGUUUGUCUUCCCCAGUUAGUUGUUAAAAGGCAAGCUCAAAAUAGAUCGUAAUGAUUGAAACAAAACAUUUAGUACAAUGAAUAAUUUUCUCUGUAGAAAUUAGAUAAUUAUUUAUUUAUACCUACGCUCAAAAGAAUUAUCAGCAAUUAUAAGCUUCUACUACAAAGAAAAUCUGGCUUUUCUGUACUGUAUUUUACGGAUACAUUCCAGUGACAGGUUGAUUGCGGAAAUUAAACAAAAAGUCAUAAAAAUAUAUUUUUUAUGAACCAUAGUUUUUUUUCAGCAAUCAUCUCAUCGGUUAUCGAGACAACUAACAAAGUUCCACCAAUCGAUACUCCUACUAAAUAAUGUUUUUUUCAUUAAUUGACCAUUACUUGUGUAAUUUUAGUACUGUCUUGUCACAUUAGCAAAUAUCAAUACCGUCAAGUAUUUAUAUGACCAAGCGAAAUGAUAUCUUUACACUAAAAUAGUUUCCAUGUAUUAGCAGUUCUCAUUUCCAGUUGUUGUUUUUUUUUCAAAAUAAAUAAUCGAAUCUCUUUUACCUAUUUGUUGAUCGGUUUCCUGAAGUUUUGGUGAAUUUAAAUUUAUUCACAAUUUUAUACUUACGUAGUUAUCCCAAUAUGUGAUUGUUUGUUCUGUUUUUGCAUUUUUUUUUCCAUUAGUUUGAUGUCAUAAACUAAUUUAUCUCAUUUAUAUACACAGGUUUGUGUUUUUAUUUGACCUGAUCUUCAGAAUAGAUGUUUGUGCUAAUCGCAGCUACUAAUAUUCAGUCGUUUGUUGCCGAGGUUACUAACAUUAUUGACCAUAUUAUAUCAAUUUUAUUCAUUUCUUUCCGCGUUCUUUUUGUGGAGUAUUAUCUUUUUAGGCUUUUUUUCUCACUCUAAAAGUGAUAUAUUUGUUGUGGUGAUUGUUUGUUUUUUAAUUGCUGAAUGAAUCAGUGAUUUCGCCAAUCACGUAGUUUUUGUAGAGGAUUAUUCAAAUGAUAAACUGUAUGUAGUUUUCCAUUUAUACACUAGUAUUAAUUAUAAACUGUUAUAUGGUUGACCUUUAUAGCUCCUAAUUCAUUACUCAUAAGAAUUAGUUGUGCUGAUUACUAAGUAAUCUCGAAUUUAAAUGUAGACUUUGUCAACUCUUUCCUAGUUUUCGUUUUAAUACUUGAGGAUUAUUACUUGUUUUCUGUGCAUCAUUCAUCUUAUGUCAUCCAUUAUAUCUUACUUAACUUUCUUCUAUUGACCGAUGAACUUCAUGAAUAAGUGUAACAUAAAAUGACAGAGACAUCGAAUGCAGAUAAUCAACAAUAACUAUGUAAGAUAAGUUAUCGUUUUAUUUGUUUUGUAAACGAAAUUAACAAUUAGAUAAUUUUUUCAAUAUUUUAGAUUUUAAUUAUCUUUAGAUAUACUUUCCAAUUUCGUCUUAGGUAUUUCGUACAAUUUUUCUACUAUUUUCAGUAUUAUUUUUAUGUAUUUUUCAUCUUAAGUGAAUACUGAUAUUUCUAGAAAACUACGUGAACGUGAUUUUGCUAUUGAAGAACUUAUCAACACUGAAUUAGCCUACAAUAAUAGUCUUAUUGAAGUGAGAGAUGUUUUCUAUAAACCUAUGAAAGCAUCAAAAAUGUUAACUUUGCAACAAUUGGAUGAUAUUUUCCCUCAUUGGAAUGAGUUGAUCGAUACUUCAACUGAAUUUUGUCGUGAUUUGAAUGAUUAUGUUAAAAGCGAUUCAUCUGAUCAGUCGAUUAGUCAAAUCCUUUUAAAACAUAUGAUUAAAUUUAAAGUCUAUCGUCUAUAUUGUACGCAACAACGUGUUGCAUGUGAAACGUUACAACAUUAUCUAUCAUCUAAUUAUCGUUUAAAUCAAUUGGUAAAAAUAUUUGAAAAAAAUACUAAAACCAAAGGUUUACCCCUGUCUUCAUAUCUGUUGAAACCAAUGCAACGUAUAACAAAAUAUAAAUUAAUCGUUGAAAAGAUUGCAACAAAUACGCCUAUUUCAUGUCCAGACUACGAUGAAGUUGUUAAGGUGAAUAAUUUGAUGUCUGCUCUUUUAAAGUCAAUCGAUCAUGCAAUUGGAUCUAAAGAUAACCCUAAUCGUAUCGACUGGUUCCGUUCACGGUUGAUUGGUGCUGAUAAAUGGCUUUUAGAUUGGCUAUCCGAUAAUACAGCUCAACAUCCUCAUGACAGGCCAUGUUUAGUUCAUUGUGGUACACUUUAUAAAGCUAAAAGCAAUCGAGAAUUUAUUUGUUUCUUAUUCAACAAGUAUUUGAUUUUAACUACACCAAAUUAUAAUACUAAUGGACGGUUAUUUGAAUUCCCGUCUACAAAUCAAUUGAAUGAAACAAAAUGGUCGUUUAUAUUAUACAAAGAACCAUUAGCAUUGAAUCAAGUGAGUAGUAUCUGAUUGGUUAUAAUAAGUAUACUUUUUUACUUUCUACGAAAAUAACUAUGUGAAUAAAUUAUUUAUUAAUCAUAGUAAAUCUCUUAGUGACAAGUAUCAAUAAGUAGUUUGCUUUGAAUAUAGGUGUAUGUGAGUGUGUGUGUGUGUGUAUUCACUAACCAAUGGUUUGUUUGUUAUGAAUAUGCACAGCGAAAUUUACGUAAUGUAUUUUAGUUUAUAAUACGGUCGAUAAACAAAUUAGUGAACGUGUGAAAUAUAACUCUUUUUUGAUGCACACUUGACAUUCUGUUCAAAUAUUUGGUUCGUUUGUACUCUACUAAAUAUUACAAAUAAAUUACGUGUUUUAAAUUCGAAUAAUUAUGAAUGUUAACUGUGUGUACCCACGAGUAAUUAUAAAAAGCCUAAAACCUAUCUUGAUCUUUAUUGCUAUAGUGCUCAUUUGUAACUAUUGAUUUAUCUUCUUUAUUCUCGAUCCUUUGAAGAAGAAAAAGAACUAUAUAUGAAUACAUUAAAAUUCAUGUAGAAUAAAAAGUAUAGUAGACGAACUUGUAGAAUACUUUCAUCAUUAAAAAUGAAUGGCAGAAGUUGACUGUGGAAACCAUCCUGAAAAUAAAUUGUUUAUUUAACUGAUUACCGGUUGAAAACAUACUAACUAGAAAUUCGUUGUUAUAUUGAACGAUUAGUGCUGAGAUUUUUUUGUUUUAAGAUUUAUAGUAAGGAACUAAGAAAGCCAUUAAUUAUCGUCAUUAUAAUUAUUAAGAUGGUUUUGUGCCGAACUUCGGAUAGGUUUCAGAUUUCUUCUUUCGUCAAAAAUUGACAUCGUUACAAAAAACAUAUCAAAAGAACGAAGGGUGGACAACUAUUUUCUAAUUCCUACAUCCUUAUGUAUCAGAUCGAAUCCAAGUCUGGCAACAAUUUGAAACCCAACACUUCACUUUUCUCAAUUUUCUGUGAUCUCUGUUAUUUAUAUAUAAAAUUUUAAUAUUUUUUCAGUUUUUUAUCGGAUGAUCGGUGAGUAACUAAGCAGGGGGAAUGAGGAUUUCGAAACGGAUUACCAAAGUUGGGGAUUAUUGAUUGUUUUGUGCCAUUCACUUGUUGUUAUCUGAUAAGUUAUAUUAUCUGGGUUAAAUGUUUAUGCUCAAAUGCAUGCUUUAACUCUUUAGAUCAUGUAUUAAAUCAUUUAGUCCUUAAAAUCUGUCGGUUGUGAAUUGAGGGUUAGUUCAGUGAGUAAAUGUUCUGUGCAGUUAUCCCAGUCAUUGCUUUAUUUUAUAGUCAUUUGUGUAGUUGUAACAACUAACGACCUUUCACUUCUGUCUUUUGAAACAACAGUGAAUUAUUUGCUACAUUGUGUUAAAUAUUUUGACGAUACUGACUCAAGUAUAUGUAAAUAGAAGUGUUUACCAUAGGGUCGAUUAGGGAUUUCGAGUUAUUUUAAAAAGUAGAAGUUUGAGUUGUCAUGAUAAAAUAUUAUUUACUUGAUACUUUACGUAUUGCGAUUUUUAGUUUUUAGAAAAUAAGUUACAUAAAUGUAUACUAUACUUCAUCAACACUUCCCGUUUGAGGUUAAAUUAAACAAACAUGAUAUAAGAAUGUAUUUUCGGGCUUGUGACACCAUAAGAUCAGCGUUAGUGAAAAUUAAGGAUAGCCAUUCAGAGGACGAAGAACAACAGAAUGUCUAUGAAAUCAACUGUCAUGAUUGUAAUAUAGCUUAUGUGGGAGAAAUUCCAAUACGAUUGGAUGUGAGGUUGAAAGAACACAAACAAUGUUUGAAAAAUGUUCCUAAAUCCUCGGUUGAUCUGAACAAACUUGGGAAUAGGUCGGUGAUAAGGUUACAUGAGUUAGAAAUAGAAAGAUUGAUAACAGAAGCCAUGUAUAUAUAUGCUAAUAAGAACAGUCUGAAUAGAAAAGAUAUUAUUCAACUGGCAACUACUUGGCAAAUGUCAUCAACGUGUAUUUGGGCCUUUUAUCUAUCCUACCUGUUUAUUUUAUAUGCAUCGUUAUUCUGACAGACAUUAAUGUAGGUUAUUUUAGCAGUACAAUUAUGUAUUUGAUGAUUCUCAUUUUACAUGCACAUCAACAAUUCAGAAACAAUUUCAACCUUCAAAAUGAACUCUUAUUGUCACUCCAUGUAAAAACAAAUUAACACCUAAUAUCAACUAUUAAAUAACUCAAGCUUACACAUACACACAUGAUUCUUUCAUUCAUCUUCACAAUGUGGACUUUUCACAUUAUCAUCAUAUAACUGACUCAACAUCUAAAUAUAAUUGGAUUAUCACAGUAAAUAUUUGAUUUGAUUGUUAAGUAUUACAUAUUUCUUUGAUAACUUUGAUUUUGAUUAUUACUCUGAAGAAGUCCAGACAAGUUUGUAGAAUGAAUCGAAAUUGUUUAAAUCUCAAUCACUGAGAUUAUUUCAAAUAUAAUUUUCACAUUUAAUAGCUUCUCUAUACUCUGCGCCCAAUUUUUGUCAAACUAUUCGUUCUAAUAUUGACGAAUAUUCGUAUCUUGUUAUUUUAGAAACAGUCUAUCAUUUAUUUUCGAUGCAUUCGUCUCUAAUUAAACGUUUCUUUUUGUAAUUCGUUUAGAUAUAUGUAUUUAAAGGUUCAUUCAGACAAAGCACUGAAUCAACAUCUUCAGUUUUUAGUAGUUAUUCAAUAACACCUCAAUCAGCACCAUACAACAAAUCUACAAAUGAUGAACUUGUACGAUCAGUAUCCACUUCUACAUUAGCUGAAUCAAUUGAAAAUCCCAAUAUUAAUAUUAGACGUCAAUCUGAAAUUGUAAAAUAUUCAAUGACAAAUGUAUUCUCAUUAUUUAAACGAAGAAAUUCUUGGCAACCUAUAGUAACUUUAAAGGCUCCAUCGAAUGAAAUUUGUGAUCUUUGGGUAUUAAUUUUGAGGGAUCAAAUUAAAGCUGAAAGCAAUUUGUCUAAUUCACAUUCUUAUUCACCAUCAUUGAAAAAUGAAUACCCACAACAUUUACUGUUUACGGUUUCAAAAGUUUCCACUAACUCACAAGGUAUCUCAUAAUGUUUAUGAAGAGUAAUCCGAUAUUUUUCAAAUAAGCCCUUUCCAAUAAUCACUGUUCCACUACAUAGUCUUCUCACAAUUACCCAGCUGGUAUAACCCAUAACUGUUUUUUGCUUGUAAUUUGCGCGGUAUUUGCGAUAUUUCUAAAAAAUGUAAUGUAACUUAACAAUCUAUGCUGUGUCUGACUGGUGAGAGGAGACAGAUAGCACAUCUGAUGCAUCAUGUAUAUUUGACUAAAUUUAUAUUUUACAUUACUUCAUCCAGGUUUGUAUUUGUACUAAUCUUGGUUAAACAGUCGAACAAGUGUCCGCGGCCAUGUGAUUUAGCUUUCCCAAGUUAUGACAGGAUGGUUUAUCAACUAAGGUUAUUUCAGCAUUCGACGUUCAUGGCAAAUCAGGAUAUCUAUCUAAUCUUAUUUCGAAUACAUUACAAUUUAUUAUUCGCUCGACUAUUUUCCAAAUUUGAAGUUGUAUAGUACCAUUUUCUUGAUGUAGACUUGAAGAUGUGUAAAGUUUACUGAUCUUAUUGACACUCAUUUGUAUUCUUGGUAAUUAUCACUUAUAAACUAUUAAACCUCAUGCUCUAAAUUAUAAAAUACACUAACUCAGUCUUUGAAGCUUUAGAUCUAAACACUCAAAUUUAUUUGUUCUUACCAAAACAAAAAGUAUGUGAAGCACAUUUACAAAAUACCAGCCCCUUGGGAUGUCUCUUGGUAGAUUAUCACAGUUGCUGAAUUCUCAGAAUCUAGUUAGCAAAAGAAAUGUCCAAUAUGUAUCAAAUCUUGUUUUAUAAAAAACCAAAGCACAUAUUUUGGCAACUUAAUACCAUUGUAGAUAUCCACUUAUCUAUUUGUUAAUUAUAACUAUUGAACUUCUUUAUUUUCAUCUGAAUUAAUUGUCUCUGAGUUAAAUGCACUCUAUGAGCUACUGUACAUAUUUUUGUUUUAAAAAAUAAAUAACCCUAAAUAUUAUUCAUAUUUUGGUUAGUUUCACCCUUUUUUCAUUUUAUUUCAGUGUGUUUUUCGUACAGUUUAAAAAUGUUGCCACAUAGAAGACUAUUCAUCAUUUUAUCACUUCAAUAAUUCAUUAAACAAAACACUUCUUUUGUCUUAUUAGUAAUUUAGAUACAUAUAUUAUGUUAAUCUGUUGUUUUUUUUCUACAUUUAUUUCAUUUCAGAUCAAUUUGAAGUUCACUUCAAGAUCAGUAUUACUGAUCAAAUGUGGAAAUUUUGUCAAAUAUUUGCUAAUCAAUCAUUAAUAGAAUUCAAAACUUCUGAAACGUUAAAUUUUCUGAUACCAGAAUCUUUAGAAAAGUGUUUACAUAUCACUGCUUUCAAAUCGUUACCAUUUAUUAAUUCAAGUAGGUGGUUUUGUUUUGCUGUUCUGUAUGCUAAUCAAUAUGUGUAUUCACACAUCACAUAUUAUUAUAUAAUCAAAACUUUUAUUGUGUGGUAAAAUAAGGCUCUUUUCAUGUCCUUUCAAUGGAAUUUUUAGUUACUACUUUUUACUGCUUUUAUAAGUUGGUAGUUGCUUAAGUGAGUAGUUUAUCAGUUAAGGCGUUUGACUCUUAAUAAUAAUAAUAAUAAUAAUAAUAAUAAUAAUAAUAAUAAUAAUAAUAAUUUAUAUUCUGAAAAUAAUAAUUACAGAAUUCACGCCAGUUUACAGGCAUGAUCAAUUUGAUAUAAACAGUAACGUUAGACGUACAGAACAAACAUGUGAUAAAAGAAAGUUUUAAGUAUACUAGUUCAAUAGUUGUUUAAGUGGUACAUAUAUUACAGCAAUCCAAUGCAUCAGCCGGGAAUUUUUAAUAUUUUUUAAAUGGACAGCCUGUUGAUUUAUUAACGGAGUAAUUAAGGUCAAUUCGUGUGCCAGAUCGAAUUAAUGAUAAUUAUCUACAACUAGAGCAAUCAAAACGAGAACACAGAGCACGGAAAAACAAAGCAGUAAUUACCAAAAUAUAUGAAUCAGGUCUACCUAAAUGCGUGUGUCAUGUGACACAGUGAUAUACUGUAUAUGUUAUUCAAAUUAGUUAAACUUGCUAGGGACGGUGUUAACAUAUUGACAGCAAGUGGGUGGUUUCACUUAGGGGAUUCACUAAUAAAGAUGGCUAAACAUUUAAAGUUCCUAAAAUAUCACUUGUGGAAUGAGAUACACUUGCAGGUGCUAGACCAUUCAAUGCAUUUUCAGAGGAGCAGUAUGCAUCUAUGCAGCGAACAAAUAAUGGAAGUGAUUUUAUCGUGCGGAUAGAUUGUGGUAGGUUAUACCAUGGUCUAGAAAAUUUACAGGUGAAGUAAUUCAUAUAAAGAGAUGAUUUAGAAUGAGUUUGUUUCACUAGUGCCAAGGAAUUACGGAUGUCAUAAUGAGAAGUUUCUGCAUAUUGAAUCGCGUGAUAAGACGUAAAUGAUAGUUUAUGAAGUAGUUUGAAGAAAAAGAAAAGAUUUCGUUUGAGUCUCCUCCUCCAUAAAGGAUCUAGCCCAAGUUUAUUACAUCUAGAAUUAUAAGUUAAGGUACAAUCAGCUCCAAGAAUACGAAGUGUAAAUCGUCUCUGUACUGAUUCCAGCCUUAAUUUAUCCUUUAUGAGCGCACUGCUAAGAAUAAACGUGCAAUAUUCUAGAAGAGGUUGAGCACAAACUUUGUACAUUAGAAUACGUGACUCAUUGUUGUAAAGAUUUCGAGUUAUGUAACCUAUUAGACGUUGAGACUUAAAGGUCUGUUUUAAUAUAUGUUCUGUAAACGACAAGUCUUGGGAAUAUCUAAGUCCUAAGUCUACUACUGUAUGUAACCUAGAUAACACUUCUCCAUUUAUGGUAAUGUCUAGGUUCAGUGAUGUAUCGCCGAAGCAUAUCCAUCCACAUUUAGCCGUAUUAAGCUCCAGUCGCCAUUUUAAGCACCACUGUGCUACCUUUGUAAGCUCCAUGCUGAUGCAAUUUUGCAUAUUUUUCAGCUCAUGUGGAGAAAAUGAAUCUACUACUUUAAGAUCAUCUGCAUAUAGAAGGGGCUUACUGACACAAACACUUUCACAAAUAUCAUUGAUAAACACUAAAAAGAGCAAAGGACCUAAGACACUACCUUGUAUUACACCACUUCUAACAGGGACAGCGUUAGACAAUGAAGAGUUAAUUUUAACUAUUUGAUGUCGAUUGCUGAGAAAGGAAUCAAACCAAGCAAGCAAAGGAUUUUGAACCCCACAAGAUGUGAGUUUACCUGUAAGAAGUUGGUGGCUAACCAUGUCAAAGGCUUUAGAAAUGUCCAGAUAUAGCACUAAGACUAGAUAUCCUUGGCUACGUAGAGAAUAGACUAAAUUAAAGAAAUCAAAAUGACAUGUCAUGCAAGAACGAUUUUUAAGAAGUCCAUGUUGAGUAUCAUUGAUAAAUUUUCCAGCAAGUAAAUAGUUGGAAAGUUCAUCACUUAUAAUUUUUUCCAUAAUCCUAGAAAUAACUGGAGUAAUAUUUAUUGGCCGGUAAUUGUUCAUGUCAGUCUUAUCUCCAGAUUUGUAACGUGGUAUGAUGUAUGUGGUUUCCCAACAGUAAGGGUAAGAACCGGUUUCCAUAGAGAGAGUAAACAGCUUUAGAAGAAGAAGUGGAGUAUCUGGACCACCAUAUUUGUAGAGAAAGGAUGAAAUCCCGUCUACUCCAUGACCUCUCGAAAUCUUAAGGGUAUUUAUAGCCUUAUUAAUUUUCAUGCAUGUGAAGGAGAUAGAUUUUAUUGAGUUGCUAGCCACACACAUAACUCUUGAAGCAGAGCCACUUAUGAUUUCUACACCAUUCGCAAAAAUACUACUGAAAAGGUCGGCUAUGGUUUUAGAGUCGUAUAUAAAAGUGUUAUUAUGCUGGAUGCACGGUAUAUCAACAUUUCGAGUUGCUUUAGCGCGUUUAUUGAAAAGGAGAGUUAAUUUUUGUGCUUUCGAAUUAGUAUUAAGUGCUAGCAGCUCCUCAUUAAUGGCUUUAAGUCUAUGUUUCUCUUUAAUUUGAUUAAAAAUUAUUUUUAUUUGUGCAACUACUGUGAAGUCGUUUGACUUAAAAUAACGAUUUUGUAGGCGUCUUAGUUUGUUACGAUAUCUAGCUGGUAUAUAUAAUUCGUAAGGUUUACUAAACCUGUAUGUUUUAAGAGGUACACAGGAAUCUGAACAAGAGUUAACAAUCAGAUAGAAUUCGUCGAUAGCAUCCAUGAGACUAUUACAUGAAAAAAAGUUAUCCCAGUCUGAAAGUUUAAUCAAUGAAUGCAGGAGGUCCCAGUCAGCAUGCUUAUAGUCUCUAUAUUGACAGGUUUUUUGAAUGGGUCGGUUAUAAGAGGGAUAGAUAGGGAGAGCGCAAACUACUAUCUUAUGGUCACUGCUUCCAAAUUCAUCGUAUACUUUCACAGAUAGUGGGAUAACAUCUCUACUAAAUAUUAGAUCGAGUAUACUAUCGCCUCUAGUUGGGGUACGAACCCACUGUGACCAGCAGUACAUGUUAAUGGUUGCCGAGAUCUCAUCAUUACAUGACUGACAACUACCGGUACUCCAGUUGAUCCCAGGAUAAUUGAAAUCCCGAGUGAUAACCUUAGCAUUAAAGUUUAGAGAAGAUGCAUGUAUGAAUGCAUUGAUAAUAAGAUCAUUCUCAUUAUUCGAACUAUCAGGAGCUCUGUAUAUACAUCCAAGGUGUAGACUAUGAUUCAGGGUGUUGACUGAUAUCCAGACUGAUUCUGGUAAACUAUUCAGGACACUAUCUUCAACUUUAUUAGUUGUUAGGGUAUCCAAAGCAUAUAUAAUCCAACCACCUCCUCGCUUAGUUUCUCUGUCGCAGCGAUAGAGUAGAUAGUUCUGGAUAUUUAAUUCUGAAUCAGAUACUGCUUGAGAGCACCAUGUUUCAGUGAUAAGUAUGAAAGAAGGCUUGGCUAGAAAAGCUAAUGUUCUCAAGGCUGAAAUUUUGUUCAGAAGUGAACGUGCAUUUAUAAGUAAUAAGUUUAAAAAGGGAGUGUGGAGUGUAAAAAAACCGAGAGCUUCCCUAUUGAUGUUAUGUAUUUUGGAUUUGCAUAGACUGUGGUUUUUUAUGUUUGACUUAUCGUAUGGGCUAUCGCUUGAACAAACUGUAUUGCUAGUGGGACCAGGGAUUUCUAAAGGCCAAAAAAAUCAUUAUUUUGAUAAAGUGGAUUAAUUUUUUUUCGAACUUGACUAGGCGGACAGUUAAGACAAGCACCUGCCAGUUGGGGUUGGGUUGAUGUUGAGUAGCCUAGUAAUCCAUCUUGCCCAGUGGGGAAGUGCUGAGAUUAGAUACGUCUUACAAGUAUGUUAUUUAAAACGUUUGAGGAUAACCGUAGGGUGCGUUGGUUCAUUGUGGUCUGUCCAAUAUUAGGCCUGCUUACAUAAUGAUUGCAGUGGCCAUCUUAUGAGACAUUUGAAUCAAGUCUGCCCUUAUGACCUCCUCUACGAUGCGUAAGGUAAAGCAUGGUGUCGGGAAGUACAGUCUUAUUUUUAUUUGGUAGGGUCAUCGUAAUAUUUUUGAUAUUGGGUCUAGAACCAGAAGGUUCUGUACUUACAUUCUUCUUACGUGGCAUAGGUUUUUUAGUCUUGACAGUGUUUUUAAGAGUUUUAGCAUUAGAACUAAGUACUUGCUUAUGGGCUUCUAACGGUAAACUGGGUAAUAUCGGAUUAGUGGUGUCAUUAGAUGUACAUUGGCUAUCAGAUGUCACUACAGACAUAACAGGCAAAUUAGCACUCUUCGUUGGUAUAUCAGAGUACUGGAGAACAUGAGAUAGGGUAGCUGCAUCAGUGGAUCCAGCAGCUGAUGCAUCGUGGUUUGUUGUGAUCUCAACACCUUUAUUUUCGUUCAAGGUACAUUUUUGCGUAAGCCUUUGAUUGGUGGUCUUAUCUGAGACUAUACGAGCGUUUCUAAAUUUCGUAAGCGCGCAGAUUAGCCGCUCGGAUUCUUUUAACUGUUCAGCCAAUAUAUGAGAGUCGAAUCUGAACAAGACCGGGCACGAGUAUUUCUGGUGCUUUUUAUUAGGUCGAAUGCAUUGGCAUGGACUGUCUUGAAGGUUAGAUGCUUUUAAUAUCGAAUUCCUUAUAGUUUUAAUGGGGAUUCUGUCAGGUAUAUUAUAGACAAUCACGUUAUUACGAGAGACUAUUCGCUUGGUAACUUCAUUAGCGAUAAAGUCGAUAACAGAUUCUGCUUUUAUGAUGUCAUCAAGUUCCGCAGGAAUGAUAUCUUUUGACAGAGGUAGCUUAAGGGGUGAUAAUGUCUUUAUUUCUUGUUUCAGAUCAUCAUGCUUUGAUAAAGAGCUAGCAAGUGACUCAACUUUAGAACGUAUGUCGUGUUUAAUUCACUCUUAAUAUUAUCGAUACUUUUUGAUCUUGAGGUGGAACUCAUUAUUAAAUUAGAGACAGAGUCAUCCAGCAGCAGUUGUGGUGUAAGACCACUCCCAACAUUAUCAGCUUCAAAAGGAGUAGCAGAGCAUGGGGAAUAGGUAAUAACAGAAUUGUUAUUAUCUGAAGUAAUAGGGCUUUUCCGGACCCAUACUGCUUUAAGUAUAGAUUUUAAAGCUAUUUAUGAGUUAUAAACUAGGAUUCAACGAUAUUCAAACAAUAGAAAAUAGAAAACGUGUUAUUGUAGCGCAAACUUCAAACGUACCGCUGGAGAUACUCAGUUACGGGCUCAAACCCCACCACAUGUACUUUGGUUCCGCGAACUGAAUAGUAUCACUGGUUCUCACACUCAAAACUAGUCUAUACCUGGCUGGUAAAUAAUUUAAAGUUUAUUGAGAUUUUUUUGAUAGGUAGAUUGAUAGAACAAAUAACUUCCAUCAGUUAAUAAAUCCAGGACUUCCUGUUUUUUUUAUUCGUUUGCUAAAUAUGAGGUUAUCCAAUUAUACAUUAACACUUAUUUACAUAUGCAUUUGUGUUAUGUGUUGUUUUGACAAAUUUCUUUCCUUAUGUAACUGGUACUGACCGCAUUUUUAUUGUUCCACAUCUUAUAUCAAUAUCUUCAACCUUCUUUGGUUUAAAAUUAAUAACUUUGAUUUUCAAUGUAAUUGACGUUGAUCAACAUCACUGAAUUAAGCAUUUUAGUGCAACUGUUUGGAAAUACAUAUUUUAAGAAUUCGUAACAAAAACCGAAUGUAGAAUUUUAUCUGGCUGGUUUACACAUUUUAUAUUUGCACCUAGUGCGUAUAAUAUCAUUAGCUCACAAACUUAUACUUAGUUGUUGAGUUAUUUCUCCAAAUCAUAUAGAGACAGGAUUAAUCUACAAACUCAUUAACUCAUGGACUAAGUCAUAUAAACUUCUUGAUUAAAAUCUGUACAAUAAUCUUGAUCAGUCGGUAAAGACAUUUCUCAAAGUCAGUCCCAGAAGGCCGUAUACAUUCAUCCUUUGUGUUCUUUUAGAUAUUCAAUCUCAACAUAGUAUCGUAAUUUGUAUCCCACAAAUUCAUUCCCUCUGUACAAAUCAUAUUCUCAUAUAUUUAAUCUUUUUUUCUUGAUUACUGGUACAAUGCACAAUUAUGCCGACCUCUUUUUUCUAUGCGCCUUAUUGAUGUCAUCUCGCUGUGUUGAGCCAAUGCACAAAUUUACCCUGAGUCCUAUGCUGUUUUAACUAAUUACACUUUCAAUAUAAUUUAUGUAUGCAAUAGUACUAUUAUAAAUAUCUAUAUUUUUUUAAUAUAUGUUCAUUUAUUCUAUGGACAAUUUAUAAAGCAUCACUGUAUUAAUUUAAUCUUACUCUCUCUAUAUCACUAUUUAGAUAUAAUUGGAUCGUGUAUUGUACCAUUUUCAAAUAUAUUCAUUAAUUUUCCACCAACUUCAAUUGAAUCAUUUACUAAACAAAUUGAAUUGAAUCAAUCUAUCGGUAUGAAAAUGGAAUUCAUCAUAGAACUUACUGUUUAACAUUGUCAGUGAUGAUCAUGAUAAUAAUAAUGAUGGGAUAAUUAGUAAGAAUAAUAAUAUAUUAAUCAAAUCCAAUUCCAAAUAGAAUGCUAUUUACUUUCUUACUCUCAUAAUUAUAUGACAUAUUAUCGUUAAGUUUUAUUUUAUUCCGAAGAGGCUAAACAUAAAUUAUCAAUUUGAUUUUUAUCGGUCUCUUCUACAUAUGGUUCUUGAUAAUUUUAUAGAUGUACUCUUUUUCUCAUCAUUGACUCAUUUACAUAAACCUUCAUAGAUUGAUAUACCUACAUGUACAUUGUGCUUAGUGUUCAUACUGUUUCCCAUUUUUUACAAAUUUACUCCAUAUUUUAAUAAUUCAAUGUACAAAAUUAAGAUCUCCUUUUAACUUUAUCUGUUUGUUCGCUUUCUUUUGUAAUUUAUGAUCUUAAAUUUUUGUCAAUAAAAUUUUCCCAGUGAUUCUUUUAUCUUUUCUCUCCGUAAUUUUAAUGAAAGCUGUUUGUUAUUGACUGUUCAAAUUACCAAGUCAAGGUGGUCGAGACAAUGGUCACUACUAAGUCGUCGAUCAAUUGUAAACGAUAUACACUAACCAAGUAUUUCUAGUUUUUGAAUACCGCACAUACUAGUGUCCUCUUUAUCGUUGCAAAGUGUUAUUAUAGCAUGAUUCCAUUGCAUUCUGAUAUUGUCUCCUCGAAGUUGUUCUUUGAAAAAGCGACUAUUAUGUCCUGAAUUACUACUCAUUUGAAGAUGCUUUCUUUUUUGUUGCCUUAGAGCAAUGGGCUAAUAGUUUAGUAACUUAUCUUUCAACCACUUUUUUUUACCGUAUAUUUGACUUACCUUUGCAUGUCAGGUUUUAGCAAUCACUUUGCGCUAUUAACAAACAAAUAGUAUUAUUUAAAGCCGAUUAUAUUAUAGCUUUACCUCAUUACUAUCAUACCUUAUUAUUAUUUACUGAUAUUUCUGUUUGAAAAAUAGGCGAAUAAAUUACGCAGCCUCACUAACUGAGCAUACAUAUGUGAAGCUACUUAGAAGACUUGUUUAUUUUUUUCAGUAUUUUAUUAAAAUUCUAUAUGAAAUAUCAAGUAUAUGAGGAAAAUUCAACUGUGUUAUUUGUCUUUCAAUAUGUAAAUAGCAUUUAGUACUCCAAGUCCAUGUCUUUUUUUAUUUGCUUGUUUUUCAGGAUCCCGCAAUCGUAAAGAAGCUCAAUUUAGCUCCAGAUAUCAGAGAUGAUUAUGCUGAAUUAUUUCAAAUUACACUAUGGACUAGCAUAGCAUUGAUUCUAGUUGUAUGGGGCGUUUCUUGGGGUAUCUGGAAUAUGGAUCCUGGACGAGAUGGGAUUAUCUAUCGAGGUACAAUGACAAGACCUAAACAAGAUUAAACAUUUCCUUUCUGUAUCACAGAUAAAAUACAUAAUCUUUCUAACACACAACUCAGCAUAAUUUAACUAUUUAUCAAGUGUUUCCAAGGGUUUUGUUUGAUUUUUUUUAAACAUUAUUGAAAUUUUUCGUUGUGUUUUAUAAUGUUAGAAAAACAUAUUUAUAAAUCCGCAAUGUCUUAUUUGUCUGUAUCAUUUUAAUAUUCGCUGAAAUUUCUUUUAUUUAAUUUAAGUAAAGGUAUGAUUGAUAAAAGUAUCUAGUGUUUUCCUUCCAAAUUGUUCCUGAGUUGUUUACUUAACUUUGUUGAUUGUUGUGAUGUAUAAUCAAUUUAAUAUCAAUAUAUGAUAUAAAUAUUGCAUAAAAACUAACUGUUCUUUCGUUCGUUAUCAAUAUGACCAAAUAUGUUUAUCCUGAUUGGAACAUUAAAUUUGUCGAAGUUUACAGCUCAGUUCCCAGUACUAAAAUCAAAACUAUAUCACAUUUGUCUGAUUAACAUUAAAAAUCUCUAAUUAUUUUAUGUUAAGAUUAAAAGAAUAUUCUUCAUAUAUCGGAUUUAGGAUCCUCUUGCUAAAUUUAAAAACACAUACAUAGUAAUCACGGGAAAUUAGUUACAUUGAUAUGCAAUACUGAGUAUUUAGUAAUACAAAAGAACUCAGACAUUCUUUUUUGCUUUGUCUGUUUCACUCCAACAUGUUUUUUCCUUGUUCUGUUAUUCUCAAGAGUUUAUAUUGUCUAGCGGCCUGAUAUGACUUUCGAAUCUGCAUUCCUUCGGAAUAUAACUGGAAAUCAGAUUAAACAAUUUUUAUCUAUCCUGGCCCUAUUUUUAAGUAUUAUAAGAAUAAAAGAAAUAAAACAUGUUUCUUUUUGUGAGAUGCCCCCGAAUUCCCUGGUACGGCUGAGAGUGGGGAGAGUCCGCUCUCCCUCUCGAAAUGCUCUCACAUGGCUACGCGUAUAUGGUCUUUGCCAGGGAAGUCCUACUCACUGCCUUCUCGUGGCAGGGGUGUUGUUUGAGAAAUCGAGAUGGCGAAAAGCGAAUUUCCGGCGCUUUAACGGGGUUAGUGGACUCCAUCUAGGGGAGUUGAAAAACCCUGAUUCCAAACCAGUGGGUCACAUGGGCCCCAGUACCCUGAGGGAACAAAUGGCGUAUGAACCAAUCGUUGGUCACUGCCUACCAUGGG